AUUGAUCCUGCUCUUCAUGGGUCAGUCACCUUUACAAGGGUACUGGCUUGCGUCAAGAUGCAAACACGAUUGCGGCCGUACAUCAUCCGUCGUGUUCGCUUUGCUCCAGCUGUUGGAGGCCGUUCAUGGUUCUGGGCGCCUCCAGCCGAGCCGAUCUGUAUAUUACAAGGUAACCUUGAUUCAAGAAGCUGCAUCGUCGAGCUGCUUCUCCACGGUUAACGCUUCUGUACGGCCGGAGUUGCCCCUUGGUUGUGGGAGGAAAUUUAAGUAGAUUCG